AUCAUACAGCCCCGACUUACAGUAUUCAGCUCACCACUACGACCCAGCAUGUCUUCCGCGAACAGAGGGCGUCCCGCCGCGGGCGGACGCAAACGUGGCAGAGAUGCAGAAGACGACAUGCCUUCGUCUGCAGCUGCACCGCCAUCAAGUCCUCCUGCCUCGUCUCCACCGAUCUUUCCCGGCGGCGAUGAUAUCGAAGAGGACGACAAUCUCGAUCCGGAGGACUUGAUUCAAGACAUUGACGAUGCAGACGAGAUGGCAGAGGACGAUGCAGGCAUUGACCUCUUCGCCGACAACUUUGAUCGCGACUACGACCGCCGAGACGACGAGGGCUAUCGUGGAGCAGACAUUGACGAUGAAGAAGAAUACGAAGCAAUGGAUGCGGCAUCGCGGAGAGCACUCGAAGCUCGACUCAACCGUCGCGAUAGAGAACUGGCACGAGAGAAAAAGCUGCCAGGAGCCUUUUUGCCCGAUGAAGAGGAAGACGUAAUGGAUUUGACGCGACAGCCGCGAAGAAGACGACACAGAUUUGAUGAGGAUCCAGAUGAUAUGGACAUGCAAGAAGACAUUAUGGCAGAGGAAUUGUCCUUGGAAGCACUUUCAGAUGUCAAAGCUGCAAGCUUGACGGACUGGGUUUCUCUGCCGGCUGUCCACAAAACAGUCGCUCGCGAGUUCAAGUCCUUCUUGACCGAGUACACGGAUUCUGCGGGCACAUCUGUCUAUGGUGUUCGCAUCAGAACGCUUGGAGAAGUGAACGCAGAGUCUUUGGAAGUCGACUGGGAUCAUCUCUCGCAGUCAAAGCCGACAUUGGCUUAUUUCUUGGUCAACGUGCCAGCCUCAAUUCUGCCGAUCUUCGAUGCUGUUGCCCUGGAGGUCGCUCUUUACCACUACCCGGACUACGAACGUAUCCAUUCCGAGCUGCAUGUCCGCAUUACCAAUCUUCCAGUUUCUUACACCCUUCGACAGCUACGACAAAGUCACUUGAAUUGCCUGCUGCGAGUCAGUGGAGUGGUUACCCGGCGAACUGGCGUAUUUCCACAGCUGAAGUACGUCAAGUUCGACUGCACCAAGUGUGGUAUCACGCUGGGCCCGUUCCCGCAGGACAGCAACGCAGAAGUGAAACUAUCCUUCUGCCAGAACUGCCAAUCCCGGGGACCUUUCACGCUCAACAGCGAGAAAACCGUGUAUCGUAACUACCAGAAGCUCACCCUGCAGGAAUCACCGGGAACAGUUCCAGCAGGUCGUCUCCCGCGACACAGAGAAGUCAUCCUGCUUUGGGAUCUCAUCGACUCAGCCAAGCCAGGCGAGGAGGUCGAGAUUACUGGUAUCUACCGCAACAAUUACGAUGCGCAGCUUAACAACAAGAACGGCUUCCCUGUCUUUGCGACGAUACUGGAAGCAAAUCACGUCGUGAAGACUCAUGACCAACUGGCCGGAUUCCGCUUGACUGAAGAAGACGAACGCAAAAUUCGGCAACUCAGCAAGGACCCGAAGAUCGUUGACAAGAUUGUGCAGUCGAUCGCGCCCUCGAUCUAUGGUCACGAGGAUAUCAAGACUGCUGUAGCACUUUCGCUCUUCGGCGGUGUGGCAAAGGUGGCACAGGGCAAGCAUGCGAUUCGUGGUGACAUCAAUCUACUGCUCCUUGGAGAUCCGGGAACUGCCAAGUCACAAGUCCUGAAGUACGUCGAGGGCACCGCCCAUCGAGCAGUUUUCGCAACAGGACAGGGUGCUUCGGCUGUAGGUUUGACAGCCAGUGUGCGAAGGGAUCCUCUUACCGCCGAAUGGACGCUUGAAGGUGGAGCACUGGUGCUCGCCGAUAAGGGCACAUGUCUGAUCGACGAAUUUGACAAGAUGAACGACCAGGACCGAACGAGUAUACAUGAAGCCAUGGAACAACAGACCAUCUCCAUCUCGAAGGCCGGAAUUGUGACAACACUGCAAGCUCGAUGCGCAGUUGUGGCAGCGGCUAAUCCAAUCGGCGGACGCUACAACGGCACUGUGCCUUUCAGUCAGAACGUCGAGCUGACAGAACCCAUCUUGUCUCGUUUCGAUAUCCUUUGCGUCGUGCGAGACACCGUUGAUCCCGAGGAGGAUGAGCGCCUGGCUCAGUUCGUGGUCAACAGCCACGGAAGAGCACAUCCUGUAGAGGGAGCGUCCUCUCUAGGUUCACAGACACAAACCGAUGCGCCACAAAGCAUGGACGUCGAUGGGGAGGAGAGCACAAGCGGGCCCAAGACUGUCAUACCUCAGGAACUGCUUCGCAAGUACAUAUUGUACGCGCGUGAGCAUUGCCGACCGAAACUUUACCAGAUCGAUCAAGACAAGAUCGCUCGACUUUUUGCUGACAUGCGACGAGAGUCGCUAGCGACUGGCGCAUACCCCAUCACUGUCCGCCACCUCGAAUCCAUCCUUCGAAUCAGCGAGUCCUUCGCGAAGAUGCGCCUGAGCGAGUAUUGCAAUUCUCACGAUAUCGAUCGUGCCAUUGCGGUCGCCAUUGACAGCUUCGUUGGCAGCCAGAAGGUUUCGUGCAAGAAGGCUCUUGCGCGAGCAUUCGCCAAGUACACGCUGAACCGACCUGGUGCUAACAGAGCUGCUGCUGGGGGAAACCGACGAGGAGCGCGAAGUCAAGAUGUCGCUGCGAGUGCGUAAAAGAUUAGAGUGAGGGGAUGCCCGUUUCAAAGAAUUACAAAUGUGGCGGCGUGGUGUUUGGCGUUUUUGCCGAUGCGAUGAUCGAACGAUACCUGGAUGGAAUGGAAUGUAGGAACUGUCCGCUUGGAGAUGCAUGUAGAUGGGGCUAAAUGCCAUUGAUGCUGCGAUCGGAUUUCGCAAUCCAAACAGAGAAAAGUCCCAAUAAUGCCGACUAUCCGCGAGAUGCUGUGCAUAUGGUAUGUACUGUACCUCGGAGGUAGCUUCUAGCUCCAGUUCACCCGCCUCGUCUUGGCGCCCGGA